GGAAUCUUUGAGAAAAAGUAAUGGGUUUGCUUCAAAGCCAACCGAAUCUCACCCCUUGCCUCACCUCCUCAUACUUCACACCCUUCUCAUACAUUAUUAUUCUUACAAAACCCAAAACGCGCUUUUCUACCGUUUCAAUUCACGGGAUCGAUAAUGUGCCUUUUGCCACCAACCACCAACAUAUAUUAACAUCACUCUCUUGCAUUCUUCACACACCACAACAUGAUGAAGAUCAUCAAAGGAAAUCGCAACAAGCGUCAAAGGGAACCCUCUUUUGCAAACCCUACUUCAAUAACCUCAACCAGCACCAACAAUUCCAUUGAUAGUGCCACAACCUCCACCACCACCACCACCACCCCAAUUGAAUCCAUAGAAGAAGAACAAGACAUGGUGAAUUGUCUCAUUCUCCUAGCUCAAGGCACACACAACAUCACCCACAAAAGCUCCACAAACACUCGAGUCUUCCGCUGCAAGACUUGCGACAAAUGCUUCCCUUCGUUCCAGUCGCUUGGAGGACACAGAACCAGCCACAGGAAGCCCAAGCACUACACCACUCAUGAUGUUGAACCAGUUACUGCUACUACUUCUGUUAGAGAUAAUGAUCUCACUACAAGCACCACUCUCUCCUUGAAACCACCGAGUAGGGUUAAUAAUUUCACCGUCGCCACCAGAGUUCACCGGUGUUCAACCUGUUACGCUGAAUUCUCAUCUGGGCAAGCCUUGGGAGGCCACAUGAGGCGCCAUAGAAAUCUUGUGAAUGCUUCUUCAACAACUUCCAUGAGUUGUGGUGAUGAUCGUGGUGGUAGCCAAGAAUGCCAUGGAGACAAGAAACCCUUGAAUUGGGACUUGAAUCUUCCUGCGCCAGAGGAGGAUCUUGGGGAAUCCAAGUUUUCGUUUCAGCGAAGAGAAAACGUUAUUGUGUUCUCUUCUUCUUUGGUGAAUUGCAAUUACUGAAACGUUGUAGUCUGUGUUUUUCUAUAAAGUAGCGUCACAGAGAAAUAUUAUUCAGUGGUAAUUGAACAUACUUUAUUUUAGUUUUUUUUUUUUUGGGUCUGAAUGUAUAUGGGAUUCUUUCCAUUCAUUCUAUGGCAUAGAACACCGGCAUCGGAAACGCUGACUUGAGAGAACAAAAAAUUCUAUGCUAUAGAAUGAAAUUGAAAAUUCAUUUAUUGGAUGAUA